AUGUCGACGACGGCAACGUCAUCAACGACCAACAACACCGGCGUUGCUGCUGCUUCCUGGGGGAAGUUGUCCUUCAGACGAAGUCAUCAAAAUGCAACGACGACGAAUAACAAAAACGUUAAAGUCCGAGGACAACAAACUUUAAAACAACUGAGAAGAAGAUCAAACUUAACCAUCGUCAACGUGGCCACGCCGUCGAAGAAAUCGUCUGCGGAACCACCGAAAGAACCGAAAAGGUCCGCGGUGGAAAUCAUCAAAGAAAACUCGGAUUUUUUACGCCACCCUCUGAUUGAGCAGUUGGCGACGCCGGAGACGUUCAUUUCCGAAGACGCCGCGCAAUUGUAUAAGUUCCACGGUGGAUACCAACAAGACGAUCGCGAGAAGAGAUCGUUCGGGGAAGGAAAAUUUUACCAAUUCAUGAUGCGAACGAAACAACCGGCUGGUUUAGUCUCGAAUAAGUUGUAUUUAACCAUGGACGACUUGGCGAAUACGCACGGGAACGGGACGUUACGUUUGACGACGAGACAGACCUACCAGUUGCACGGUAUUUUGAAACAAGAUUUGAAGCAAACGUUUAGAACGGUCAUUCAAAACAUGGGGUCCACGUUAGGCGCGUGCGGGGAUAUUAACCGGAACGUGACCGCGGCGCCGUGUCCGGACAAGAAGAACCCGAGUUACGAAAUCGCGCAAACGCUUGCGCUCGACAUCGCGGAACUGUUAGCACCGCAAUCGGGGGCGUAUUACGACGUCUGGCUCGAUGGAGAACAAGUCAUGACGGUGGAAAAGCCUGAAAUUACGAAAGCGAGAAUGGAUAACUCCAACGGGACGAACUUUGAAGGAAGCCAAGAACCGAUUUACGGGAGUCUCUUUUUGCCGAGAAAGUUCAAGAUUGGCGUCACGGUCCCCGGGGAUAAUCACAUCGAUUUCUUGAGUAACGAUAUCGGUAUUUGCGUCGUGAACGAUGCCGGCGGCAAACACGUCGGGUAUAACGUCUACGCCGGCGGCGGUAUGGGACGCUCGCACAGAAACAACGAAACUUUCCCGAGAAUCGCAUCGCCGAUUGGCUACGUCGAUAAAGAUGAUAUUUUUUACGCCGUCAAAGCUAUCGUUUGCACACAAAGAGAUUACGGCAGACGGGACGACAGAAAACAGUCCAGAUUAAAAUAUCUCGUCCACAGCUGGGGCGUCGAGAAGUUCACCUCGGUCACGGAACAAUAUUUCGGCAAGAAGUUUCAACCGAUUGCGCCGUUGCCGGAGUUCGAAUUUAAAUCGUACCUCGGGUGGAACGACCAAGGCGAUGGGAAGUUAUGGUACGGUGUCCACGUCCAAAACGGUCGCUUAAGAGGUGAAUUGAAAAAAGCCUUGAGAUUGGUCAUCGAAAGAUACGAGUUACCGGUGCGUUUGACCGCGCAACAAGAUUUACUCUUGUGCGACGUCGACCCGAAGUGGAAGGAUGACAUUCACCAAACUUUGAAAAACGCCGGUUUGAAAGAUUUGGACGACAUCGAGCCGAACGACCAGUUAUCCAUGGCGUGUCCGGCGUUGCCUUUGUGUGGCUUAGCAAUUACCGAAGCCGAGAGAGGUUUACCGGACAUCAACAAGAGACUUCGCGAGGUCAUGGAAACCGUCGGCUUGACGAAAUCCGACGACAUUAUGAUUCGCAUGACUGGUUGCCCGAACGGGUGCGCGAGACCAUACAUGGCCGAACUCGGUUUCGUCGGCGAUGGCCCGAACUCAUACCAAAUCUGGUUGGGCGGUACCAGAAACUUAACCGGAAUUGCCCGAGCGUACGAAGACAAGGUGAAGGUGGACGAUUUGGAGACGUUUUUCGAACCGAUUUUCGCGUAUUGGAAACAAAAUCGUAACAGCGGCGAAGAGUUUGGUCAGUUCGUCAACCGCGUUUCGUUUGAAGAAAUGAAAGCGUUCUCGGGAUCAUACGUCCCGGGACAACUCGUUUCCGCGGAACGAUUGCCGAGAGUCAUGGUCGAAAGAGCGGCGCUGGAUAAAUUGAUCAAAUACGCGGAAGAGAACAACACGACGCUGACUGCGGCGGCAACGAAAGCCAUCAUGGACUUGUAA